AUGUGUUGUGUGAGGGUAGAGAGAGAGAGAGAGAGAGAGGGAGAGAGAGAGAGAGAGAGAGCCUACAUGAGUCAUUGUGUAGUUCCAAAAUGGAAUCUGAGCCACGAAAGACAAGAGCAAGUCGAAGAAGAGGAAGGAAAGAGAUCCUUUCACGUGCCUGCCCAGAAGAAUCACCACAGUACCACUAGCCCUCUUGUCCCCUUCUACCAGCAAAUGGCGAAGAAUGGAGUUACAGAAUUGACAUGGCAAAAUGGGCAGCUCGCUCUGCACGCGAUUGAUGGGCUUCACUCAACUGUCCCGGCCAAGCCCACAUGGAGUCGAGCCAAUGACACUUUGGAGUCCGUUGUCAAUCAAGCCAAAAUCCAGACCCAUAGCUCACAGCUGACCCACCAAGGCGAGCCACAGGUCCAUACAGGCCGCGCCCUCGCACCCUCUGGCGCCAAUGUCAGCGGCAAAUGGGUGGAAAGGGGCAACCAAGAACCGCCGGCGAGAAAACGAACUCGAUCAACUUCCGACUAUGCCGGAAAAAAUGUCAGCGCGAGCAACAACACUAUGCAAGUGGACUAUGGCGAUCACAGCGCCUGUGGAAGUGCGAGUGCAGCGUUGUGUAGGGAUAAUGACACUACUCUCAUGACAUGGGCUUCCUUUGAUUCUCCUCGAAGCAUGAAAACCAAAUCCAUUGAUGAAGAUUCUGCUUGUCAUGUUGAAUCGGAAAACCAAGAAGAAGAACAAGAUACAAAGCGUGGAGUGAGUCACUCUCAUUCAGCUAGACGAAGUCGGGCAGCCGCAAUACAUAAUCAGUCAGAACGGAGGCGAAGAGACAGAAUUAAUGAGAAGAUGAAAGCCCUGCAGAAAUUGGUGCCAAAUGCAAGCAAGACUGAUAAAGCUUCAAUGCUGGAUGAGGUGAUUGAAUACUUGAAGCAACUUCAAGCACAAGUUCAGUUUAUGAGUGUGAGAAGUAUGCAACAGAUGAUAAUGCCUAUAGGAAUGCAGCAACAACUUCAAAUGUCGCUCCUAGCGCGAAUGGGCAUGGGGGUUGGUCUAGGCAUGGGAAUGGGGAUGCUUGACAUGAGCAUGGCACGGACGGCCCCACAGUCGCUUCCUCCUCUCAUCCAUCCUACUUCAGUUCCCGCCACCCCUCCCGCAUUCGUUCCACCCCCCUUCCUGCUGCCCCCUGCAAUUCCAAGGCAGGAUCCAACACAAGCAAAGCCCGCCACCAACGACUCUGUUGAUCCAUUUUGUGCCUUUCUAGCACAAACGAUGAAUAUGGAUAUCUACAACAAAAUGGCAGCUUUCUACCGCCAACAAGUGAAUCAGACAACAAAUGCAGUGAGCAGCCCACCUCAGUCAAACAACGUGCAAGGAAAUUAAUGCUUUUGCUGAAGGAAGGAGCUCAAAUAUUGGAUAAGCACAGCACUAAACUUUACCUAGUUGAUAAGUUCUAUAUUUAGUUAACAAGAACCAAACUUUGAAAAUAUCUGUAUUUCAUGAUGUAUGAGUUAUUCUUAGUAUUUUAUUACUUAUAAAUAUGAUUUUGCAAAUUCUUGUUUGGAACGAAAA